CGCCUCUGAUCAUCCGACGAGAGCAUUCGUCCUCUGAUCGGCCUCUCUCGCACAUUGCUUAAUUAGCUACAAGCUACGAGGCGGCAAUGGCAGCGCCACCUCACGAUCACGGCGGCCGCCUCCGCGUCCUCCGAACCGAGCACGUCACGCCGUCGUCGACCGGCGAUGACGCCGACGCGCUCUCCGAACGUGCUCUGCCGCUCAAGCCCGUCGAGCCCGUCGAGCGACUCUUCCUCUACCGCCUCGCCCCCGGCGCCGCCGUCCACGGCGUCCUGUCCCACCUCGCCGACUCCUUGUCCCGCGCGCUCCGCGCCUUCUACCCGCUCGCCGGCCGCAUCCGCCUCGCGCCCGGGAAGACCGACCGGUACGAGCUGUUCUACCAGCCCGGCGACGCGGUCGCCUUCACCGUCGCCGAGCACGACGGCGCCGGCGUCGACGAGCUUGCCACGGACGAUCCCAGGGAAGUUGCCACGAUUGCGCCGCUAGUGCCGGCGCUCCCGCGGGGCGGCGCGGUGCUCGCCGUGCAGGCCACCGUGUUGUUGGGCCUGCGGCCGGCGGCGCCGCGCGUUCUCGCCCUCGGCGUCACCGUGCACCACGCCGCCUGCGACGGCGCGAGCUCGACGCACUUCCUCCACACCUGGGCGGCUUCCGCCUGCGCCGCCGCCGGAAAUGUCCCGCCGGAGCCACCAGUCAUGGACCACAGCUUCAUUGUUGACCGCAAGGACAUCCACGACUUGUUCGCCGCGCCCAGGGCUCAGAAAGGGUUCGAUUCGCCCGACGCCAUGGACAGGCUCGUCGCCACGUACGCGCUGUCGUCAGCGCAGCUGCAGAGCAUCAAGGACGCCGUCGCCGGCGAGGCGGCACGCCGCGGCGUCGUCCCGCCGCCUCGGUGCACGUCCAUCGUCGCGACGUACGGCGUCAUGUGGCUGUGCCACCUCCGAGCUACACAUGGCCACAACAACGACGGCGGCCACGACGACGGCGGCGGCCGCGCCUACUUCCUCUUCGUCACCGACCACCGGCGGCGGAUGGAGGGCCGCGUCCCAAGCAGGUACUUCGGCAACUGCGUCGGCCCGUGCUACGCCUCGAUGCCCAGGAAGGCGGCGGCCACCGCCACCGUGACCGACGGCGUCUUCACGGCGUGCUCCGCGGUGGCCGCCGCCAUCGACGAGGCGGUGCACGGCGAGACCGGAUACUGGGAGAGGUACCCAGAGCGCAUCGUCGAGGCCAGAAGGGACGGCGCGCCGUUCUCGGUGGCUGGGUCGCCGAGGUUCCGCGUGUACGACGUCGACUUCGGGUUCGGGACGCCAGCGAAGGUGGAGAUCGCGUCCGUGGCGAAGACCGGCGCGAUGUCGGUGGCGGAGGGCCGUGGCGGCUCCGGCGGCAUCGAGGUGGGCAUUGCUCUGCCGCCGGAGCACAUGGGGAGGUUCAGGACGUACCUCGCCGACGUCAUCGCAGGUGUGAUCUGAUCAGCGUGCUUGUAGCAAAAUGACAUCUCCAGCAGCAGCCCCUACUUUAGAGCCCUAAAGAUCAAAUGGGGGCUGCCACUAAUUCUUUAGGACACUAAAAAUAUCAUUAACUCUAGCAGUAGCUCUCAUAUUUUAGCCCCUAUUUCUUUUUCUCUUUUAUUUUAGUAUAAAUUGUAUGUUUGUGUCUACUUUAACAUCACAAUAAUUUAAACACAAAUAAUUCUAGCACAUGAAAUUCAACCAUAUUGAAAAUUACAAUUUUAAACACCAUGAUUCAAAUUUGAAUUCAAAAUUUUUAACAUGAAAAUGACAUGUCCUACAAGAAAGUAUUGAACACAACCGAUAGUUGACAGAAAAUGCAACGAAACAAACUAUCGAGCACCA